ACUACAGCAAAUUAAACGUCAGAAUAAGAAAAUCUACCCUAUUUUUGCAAAUAACUUUAAAAAUUCCUGGUAAAAACUUAUCAUUUAAACAAGAGUUGACAAAUGGCAGCCCCUGAUGACGAACAGUUUGAAGAAGACGAUGCAACUGAAACCACUUUAGCCCUGUGUAGUGUAGGGAGGAAACGUCUUUUUAGCAAAGAACUAAGAUGUAUGAUGUUUGGAUUUGGUGAUGAUCAAAAUCCUUACACAGAAAGUGUUGAUAUUAUUGAAGAUUUGGUGAUAGAAUUUAUUACAGAGAUGACCCACAAGGCAAUGGAAAUCGGCAGAACGGGAAGAGUUCAAGUAGAAGACAUAGUUUUUUUAGUGAGGAAAGAUCCCAGAAAAUUCGCGAGGGUGAAAGACUUAUUAACUAUGAAUGAAGAGCUGAAGAAAGCUAGAAAAGCGUUUGAUGAAGUUAAAUAUGCAGGCAAAGACGCGCUCCAAGGAUAACAUAAUGAAAAUUUCUGUAUUUAAAUUAUUUUUUAUAACCAUGUACCAUAAUACAUUUGUAAGAUUACUUAUUAACAGUUUUAUAAAAGUGUAAUAAACUCUCAUCAUGC